UCCGAUCUGAGACGAAGCCCCCCAAAUCUCGCUGUGAGGCAGACGUGGCACCCACAAGACCACAAAGCUCUUUCCAAUAUUAGCGAAGAACCAAGCAUUUUUUUCCAUCCUGUAUCCAGGUGUUUAAUGUGCACACCAGGAGGAGGAGCAUGUCCAUUGAAAUGAAGCAUAAAAAUAAUGCAUUACCCCCCCCAAAAAAUCAUGAAUAUUUUACAUUCCAUUUAAUUGUCAUUGCUGUAUGUUUUUGUAAAAUACAAUAUUAGCCAGUCUUAUUUACUAAUUGAAAAAAAAAAAGCACAUUAUAAACAUUUAACUUUGGGAGGGAAGAGUGGAAUUGAUUGAUUGAUCGUCUGCGUCGAUUAAAAUGGCAGGUCAUCAUCCAGUCAGCAAUGAGUAACCCGACAGCAGCCGAGUGUCAAGUCCCUCCAGCGGAGUACCAGGUCUACUUGUUCCCAGCCAUCUAUAUCUUCGCUCUAGUGUUUGGUCUCCCGGGAAACCUGGCUGCCAUCUACGUGUUCACCCUUAGGGUCAAAACCCGCAGCGCCUUCAGCGUGUAUAUCAGCAACCUGGCUCUGGCAGAUGUCAUCAUCCUGUGCACGCUUCCUUUCCGGAUCCACUACCACCUCAACGGGAACGAUUGGGUGUUCGGCGACGUGGCCUGCCGGAUCACGGGGGUCCUCCUCUACGCCAACAUCUACAUGAGCAUUUGCUUCAUGACGUGCAUUUGCGUGGACCGCUACAUGGCCACGGUGCAUCCACAUGCCUACCUGAAGCUGAGAAGACCUCGGUACUCGCUGCUCACCAGCACCGCCCUCUGGGUUGUCGCAGGAGUGGCUGUCGUAGUCUUCAUCCUCAUGGGGCCUCUGGAGACAAACGGUAACAAAUCAGGCAACCACAACUGCUUUGAGAACUUCGCCGCCCAGGAGUGGAGCUCCCGUCUGUUGCCCUACAGCAUUCUGAGCCUGAUCUUCUGCUCGCUGCUGCCAUCCGCCAUCAUCUUGGUGUGCUACCCUCUGGCCGCCAGACGCAUUUCUAGGAUGCGCACAAGGAUGGCCCAGCGAGCCUUGAGGGUCAUCUACACCAUCCUGGCCAUCACGCUGCUUUGCUUCCUGCCCAACCACGUGGUGUACCUCCUGCACCUGCUUCGCCGCAUGGAGGUCAUCCAGAGAUGUCCCCUGGCCAACGCCAUCUACAACGCCAGGAGGGUCACCAUGGGCCUCGUCAUCCUCAACACAUGCCUGGACCCUCUGCUCUAUUACAUCACCACCACCCACUGCAGAUGGAUGUCCGUGAAGAAGACUUGGCUUCGAGUCCGGAGGCGUCGAGCUGUUUACACCAUCACAGUGCGCUAAGCCGGUGCGAGCUUCGCAACGAUGGACCUGAGCUCCUAGUUGACCCUGAAAUUUCAUGCUAGAAUUGUGGGCUUCCAUUUUUUUUUUUUUUUACAUAACAGCAAAGCGAGUUCCAUAAAAGGCAUACUCAGAU